AAUCACAACGCUUCGCAGCAGACAGACACGGAUGCAAAGCACCGGAGACGACAUCUUUUCUUUCUUGCCAUCCAUGGCAAGAUUGCUGGAAGUGUCAAAAUGAGGAUCCGAGCUCCUCCGGGGCCCGCGGUCAUGUAGCCAGGGCUGCAUGCGGAGGCUCCGGGCUGCUUGCGGCGGCGGCGGCGGCGGUGGCUCCUCCUCGCUUCCCCGGCUUCCCCGGCGUCCCGGCGGCCGUCUCAUGCGAAACCCAUCGGCCCAUUUGCGAAGCUCCAUCCCCACACAGUCCAAUGGUUAUUGCUCUUGCACCGGACCCCAGCCACAGGGCAUGGAUAUAUCUGAUCUGGAGCUGGUUCAGAUAAUACUUCUCCUGCUGGCGAUGAGCGUCACGGUGCUGGUGGUCGUGUGCCUUCUCCUCCACUACCGCCUCCUCGCCCUUUCCCUCCUCGGCAGGCUCGGCCACGCGCGGGAAGUCCCGGCGGCGCCACGGAAUGCGAGCGGGAGGCCGAACGGCGUGCUGACUCAACACGGACAAGGCCGGCCGAUCCGUGGCCUCCAGAAACGCACACCGCCGGUCUUCGUGCAGUGUCCCCUGCAGCCCACCUACCCCUACAUGCCGCAGGAGACCGUCAACCUGCCCCCGAUGGUCUGCUUACCCAACGGGGAGGGAAAGGAGCACCGCGCGGCUGCCCGCCGCUACCGGCAACAUCCCGAGCUGAAGCGCGCCUGCGUUCGCGCGCCACCCAACCGCACGGUCGUGGUGGACGAUGUCACGCACAGCACCGGACCGCGGGCGGGCAAAGGGGAGUCCGGAAGCGGCGGCGAGAGGUCCGAGAGCCCCCCGCCCUCCUACAGCGUGACUAUUGAGGACACCUGCUGUAAAAGUCCUAAAAGGUUGCAAACGUGCUGGAGUUCAGCUGAAAACACGACCUCCACCGAAGCCGUCCCUCAUAACUCUUCCGUCACUUGAAAGGCUCAACCAAACUUUUUUCCACGUGAUAUUUAAGUGUUAUCAAAUAUUUUCUAUGCGGUGCUGAGAGAAAAAAAAAAAAAAAAAAUCUCUUGUUGUGUUUUUGUCUAUUUUUGUAAGAUGUUUUUUGUCUUUCUGCUAUACAUUUUUGACUCAGUGCCCUGAUAAACAUUCGUCAUUACUCACAGAAUGUACCAGGCUUUGUGAUGCAAAAUCCAGCUGAAGUUGCACAGAGAAUGCUUCUGCUCUUUAGAAUUAUAAUUUUGUUUUUUCGAGCUGCUAAAGCGUUUUGCUUGAGUCCGAGGGGGGGAUGUGCUUCUAUCUGUUUGUGUUUACCACUAACGGCAGCGUUAAUGUCACCAUCUCGAGCACUUUUGCCUCUGAAUGGACAAAACAUGGGGAGGAGGAGGACGGUUCCUCCGAUUAAGCCAUGCACAGCCAUGCACUCUCGUCGGUGCGUUGACUUCAUCAGCGCUGACCUGAGUUUUAAGCUACAACUAUUGAAUUUUGAGAGGAAAAAAAAAAAUAUAUAUAUAUAUAUAUCCUCGUUGUUUACAUUUUCAUGUUACUUAACAAAGAUUUUGUAUCUAUACGGUGUAGCAGUUUACA